CACUCGACAGUUUAUCGCCGUUCGUCGACCAAUGCGUGCGCGACGCCUAUUAAAAAAUUCUCGGCCAAAUAAAACCGCGUAUUGUGAAGUGUAACUGUGUGUGAAUUGGAACUUUUAGAUUAGAAAGUGUGCAUAGGAUUUUUCUCGUCGAGCACCGAUGGCGAGGUGAUGGCGUGGUGCGCAAGCGCAGUGGCGCUGUGGCUUUUGAUGGUGGUUGCUGGCAGCGCUGCCUACACCGUAGACUGUAACCAUGAGUAUGCUGAUUGCGACAACGAACUUACCAGACUUGUAAAUGAAGAUGACGAAUUAACAUUGAACGCAUCGGGUUCACCGACGAUAGAAGAAGUAUCAACCAAUGCACCUCCGGAUCCAGUAACCAGAACGACUUCUAUAAAUAAUGACGUAACCACAGAAAACAAAACAGACUUCACAACUACAACAGAAACAAAUGUAGCUUCAGAUACUAUUAUGAAACCUAAAGCCCGGUUGCUAAAUGUAAAUGUAGACGAUUUGCAACAAUUUGCAAACGCGCUUCACAAUCAAAGUCAUCUAAAAGAACCAAAGAAAAGUAUAAGUGAUUUAAGUGAUGUUAAUAUGGAGGCUGAUGAUGAAGAACCAUCAAAAUUGAUGAGGCACGAACAAGACAAGAAGAUUAUACCUGAUAAAUUUUAUUCGAAUCUACAAGCACCUUUCAAUCCACUUUUAAACAUUGAUAAGUCUGAAGAGGUUGAAAACUGCAAAGAAAAUGGAGUUUCUUAUAAGAUGGGAGAAAAAAUGGAUCGUGGUUGUGAAGAGACUUGUGAAUGCAUGCCAGGAGGUAUCUUCGAAUGUUCACCAAGGUGCAAACACCCAUAUAUUCUUCGCGGGAGAAGGAUUAUUGAUCCCCUUUGUUUUGAGUCACCGGUGGACGAAUGCUGUUCAAUCAUGGCAUGUUCCACUUCUAGUGGAGAAACAAAACCAUCUUCAUUAGAAAUGUGCAGAUAUGGAAAUGAAACGUAUCCAGUCGGUGUCAAGUGGAAUAUUGGUUGUGAGCAAACGUGCUCUUGUGAAGGAAAGUCUACGAUUUCAUGCAAACCUAGAUGUACACGACUACCGCCAUCUGAUAAAUGUAUUAACGUACAAGAUCCUAACGAUGCCUGUUGCGAGAUACAAAUAUGUGACGUUUCCCAAGACGUGCACGAAGAGCCUCUUGAAAACGCCACCAUGUCUUCCACGCCACCGACUGAGAAUAUAAAACAUGAAGAUUCUAUGGAGAUGACUAAAACAACCUUUCGGCCACUAGUACUUCCCGAACCAAUUGGCUCUAUUAAAGUAUUACAUAACAACAGUGUUCAAGUAAAUCUCAUACACCCUAACAACACAGCAGAUCCAAUCCAUUUGUUACUAAGCAGCGAUGGAGGCGAAACGUGGAAAGAUGUGGAAUUGAAGUUUACUAAUCUCAUAUUAGAUCUAGAAGGUGGGAAAGAUUAUGUAUUGAAGACAAAAGAGACUGGCACCAAAUUUAAUUUCCGUAUCACGACAUCAGAUGAUGGUAAUGAGGUUCCGGUUGAAGAUAUCAAUGAAUCUAAAAUUGGUUGUUACUCUGACGGACAUCUCUAUGAAGUGGGUGAAGAGUUUCAUAUAGGAUGUUCAGAGUUGUGCGAGUGUAUUGGACCAAAUAAAAGGGAGUGCGCUCCUCUGGUGUGUCCUAAUCAUGUUGGUCUAGAACUGGUCUCCAAGAGCUGCGUGCGAUGGGCGCCCAACCCUCCUCCACAGCCGCCCAACUGUUGUCCAAGGACUGCGAGAUGCCUUAGCGAUGGAACAUGUUAUUUCAGAGGAGUAGCAAUUCCUAACUGGAGCGAGGUGCCCACAUCUCUGUCUGGCUGUGAGCAACAUUGUUACUGUGAGAAUGGAGAACUAGAUUGCCAAGAGGCCUGUAGCCCUCUACCAACGCUACCACCUCAGACGCUACGGUGUCCCCCGAUGCAUAGGCCUGCACCCGUCAAUAUAUCUGAUGAAGACUGCUGUAAGCAAUGGGGAUGUGUGCCAAACGGUCAAUUAUCUCCCGGAUUUCCAGUAAAACACAAUACACAACCUCCCUUUCUUCCAACUGUGCCACCUGAUCAUUAUCCACAAGAGGAUAUACAAGAUUAUGACCAAAAUAAUAUUCACCGUCCUGAUAAUCCUCUGGAUCCGGCAGCUGGCCUUCCUCCAGGUCUUCCUUUGCCUGGAUAUGAGGAUAAUAAGAAACUAACAGUUAUAUCUUUGCAAGCCGAUUCUUCUACAACUAUAAAGAUGUUGUUUGGCUUACCCUCUGUACUGGUUGGAUUAAGAGGGAGCGUCGAUUUGAGAUACACAGAUUCUGACGAUGAAGAUGUCUCGCACUGGCUUUCUCAAGUAUUUGCUCCAGCGGACGAGAUACUCACAACUCCCCGGCUUGAAUUUCGUUUGUCUGGCCUUAAACCUUCAACGACUUACAAAAUUCGCGGAAAGUUAUUCUUACACAAUCUCCCAGUUGAACCUGAAAGCGAAAUAUAUACUGUUCGUACACUGGAUGCGCCAAAGAUUGAGCAUCCUGGGGAAAAACGAAGGGAAAUAGACAGUAAAUUGACAGUGGUUGAUGUGAAUGAUACCACGGCACAUCUAAGUUGGAGACACUUCUCUGAAGAUGAGCUUCAAUUUAUUGACGGGGUACAAGUACGGUAUCGUCCUGUGGGAACACCAAUAUAUGGUAUGACGGAACUGCUGCACCACAGCAGGUCUGUGGCUGAGCUGAUAGAUCUUCGACCUGGAACAAGAUACGAAGCUGCACUGGUGCUCAUUCCACCUCCCCACUCAGCCACUGAACUGGUUGAUCCCGGACAUGUCGAGUUUACUACCGCACCUUAUAUCGAUCCCUACAAUUGGUCAGUGACAGUAGAGGCUAAGGUGGUGGGCUCAGAGGCAGCGGAACUGACCUGGCGUGGAGUUCCAUCCCCGGGAGAGCGCUGGGUACGUGUCUAUAGAGCAGCGCAUGCCUGUGGGGCCAACAGGAAGGAACAUGAUGACUUCCGAUUAGCAACGAGGGACUCACCACCAGCCAUCACCCUGGCUGGUCUUGAGCCUAACUCGAAAUGUCGUGUAUGGUUGGAGUUAUUCUUGACGAAUGGAAAAGUUAAAACUAGCAACGUGUUGGAGAUCUACACCAAGUCAUCAGAUUCACCGGAACCUAUUGACAAUGAAAUAGAAGCGUCGUCAAUUGCAGGUAGCCGCGGGGCCCCACACGGAGAUUACUACGGGGCCCUGGUGAUAGUGGGAGUGAUAGCAGCACUUGGAGCCCUAUCCUCUGUGCUCUUACUGCUAGUGGUGGUCCGAAGACAUCGCCCAAGAUCUGUGCCUAUCACACCGCGGCCCUCAGCGCCUCGCGAGUCCUCCCUGCCGCCAUAUGACAACCCCGCCUACAAACUGGAGCUGCAACAAGAAACUAUGGAUCUUUGACAAUUAAGUUCCCGUGACCACAAGAGUGUGCUCAACGGGAUAAGCCAUCGAGAUGAUAUGGGACACCUAAAAGUGCCCUCCUACCAGGAAAAUGGAGUUUGACGUUAACUAAAACAGGAAAGUGACUCCCUGUUCAUUCAUACCGUAAAAUUUGCUUAUUAAGAAUAAGUGUUCAAAUAUAAGUGAGAAUUAAAAAAUAAGAAUCACAUUGACGAAACUAAACGUGCAUAACAAACGACGGUACUGAAAGAAGUAAGUUUAUUGUUUAUGGUGAUAUUUUAAUCCCAAAAAGAUUUUACGAUUUGUCUCUACUAUGUGAAAUAGUGGCUAUAGGAAUUGAUUUUCUCAUUUCAUAGAAAUUUGCUAGAAUUGAAAUGCACUUACGACAACAUUACGCAAUACAUCAAUGGUUUUAAUUUAUAAAAUAAUUUGUUGCUAGAUCUACAUAAUUUAUGUGUGCAUUAUUAUGUCAAAAUUCAUUAAUUAAAGUAUAAAUUUAAGACGUAGGUAUAUAAAAUUAUAUAUUCUAACAAACGCUUCGGAAUAUAAGAAGACUUCAUUUUUGUUUAUGGAUUACCGUUUACUGCUUCAUUCAGUAUUAUACAACAAAUUAUACAGGUUAAAAAACCUGUACUAUAUCUUGAGGAAAUAAGCGCAUUAAAAAAAGAAAAAAGAUUAUAAAUAUACCAAAUUAUAAAAGUUUAAUAUUUCCUCGCCCACACACCCAUUUCAUUCAUGUAUCAGGCAAAGGGCGCGCGCGCGGCGGCAUGAACGAAAGUUUUGUAUGAAUAAUAAACAUUGCCCCACAUAUUCGUUUGUGACGCCUCGCCGCGCAGCUGAUGCUAUCUGUAGGCCAUUGGAGCGAGGCGAGGGCGAUGACCUUAGUUUACUGAUAAAAUAAAUAGGUCAGGGGCUCUCAAGGUUUUUGAAAAAAUUUAAUAUGAAAUGUUCUAUUUACUGUUACAUUUAAUCUAAGGGGUUUUAUUUUUUUUUGUGGUGUGGUGUAUCCGCAUUCUACUUCAUAUCGGUGUCAAUUAUAGUCCAGGGUUUUUUAACAUAGUGUAUAAAUUCCGUAAGGUGACGCAACAAAAAAUAAUUAGUAAGAAAAAAUACUCCCAAGUGUUUCAAAUCAAAUCAAAUCAAAUCAAUUAAAUCAAAUCAAAAUCAGUUUAUUCACGUAGGUCACGAAAAUGACACUUAUGAAUGUCAAAAGAAAUAAAAUAUUUUUCUUAUUGAAUCUACCGCUACUUCGUAAAGGGUUGACCUAAUGAGAAGAAGUAGCAAGAAACUCAUUGCCACUCUUUUAUAUCAAAAUUUACAGAUCAUUUCAAUUACAAUAUAAUAUGUAAAAUGUAAAAUGAUGCAACAAAUACACUCAAACGUCAAAUAGUCAAUGUCUUACACGAGUAAGUCAAAAAAAAUAAAUGUAAAUUAAUACAAAAGUUAUUGAGUACAGUAGCUGCAUCAUCCACAUACACCAUAAAUCAAUAAAGGUAUUCUGUGAGCAUUUUAUAAGCGAUUAUAAAUAAAUAAACAUGUAUAUAUCUAUACAUAUGUAUGUAUACACAAUAACUUUAAAGAAUCUGAAACCGAGUCCCCGGCAACAGGAUCAUCCCGCCACCACAAGCAGCGCCCGUUCACGAGCAUGACGCAUGAGCCAGCCAUCGCCUCCCUCAACCAUAUUUUAGGGAAGGGGACGACCCGUCCCAUGUUGCCGCCACAAGCAGUGACAUUUAAGCGAGCAUGAUGAAACCUGUUACGAGAACUCAACAAACAACAAUAAAAUAAUCCUAAUACAUCCAUAUAUACCUACAUAUCAUGCAAUACUCACCAAAUACCUCUACUUACAAUUUGACAAUUCUGCUUAAACUUGUAAUUAAUAUUAUAUUUUUACUAACAGUAAUCAAAAGCUCAAUCCUUUAGGGUAAACUUAUCAAAAUCACCUUAUUCAGGCAGGUCAGGGAAAUGACUUUUCUUUUUAUAUCCACCUCCUUUGAGGCUUGCCACUUCUUAUUAAAGCUCAACAGCUUUAAUAAGAAGUGGCAAGAAACUCUUUGUGGCAAUCACUCACAAAUAAUUUCAGUUACAAUAUAUGUAAAGUUUAACGGCCGUUCCCAAUAUACUAUCUACAUGUAUAGAUAAAUUACUACCUUCCACUGUCAAUAAUCUGAAGCUGUCCCAAUAUACCCGAUAAGUCAUUCUUAUCGCCUUAUAUUGGGAUGCGUGAAUUGCAAUUUCCAUACUAGUAAGCUAUAUGUCGUCCCAUUGACAGACAGCGUGUACGGAUAAGUUGAGUUACCGUCGAUAAGUUUAUUGGGACAGAAAAGUCAAUGAUAGUUACGUUUUUUAUCUCAAGUAAGAGAUAGACUGAAUAUUGGGAACGGCCGUAAGCUUAGGAGUGUAGGUAAGUGUUUCAUUUUGCGUCAGGCAUCAGGCACAUUUGAAUUUGAAGAACAUCAUAAAUAAAUAAAUAAAUAAAUCAUUAACUUUCAUAUAAUGAAUACUCUUUACAAAUAUUCACUAUCAAUAUUUUUACGAUGUCCGGGAAUAGUAAUUAUUGUCAUGUGUAUAAUCACAGAGUAGGGAUGGAUACUUACGGUAUAAUCAAACGUCCAUCGAUAACUUAAAUCAAUUCAAAAUGUCACAUCAAAUGCAAAUGUCAUACAAGUGACGUCCUGUCGUAAUGCAUCGAGUGACGUUGUCAUGCCCAGUUUUGACACCAUCUUAGCAGCUGUCACUACGUGGCAACAAUAAACAUACAAAUGAAAAUUGUAAUCUAGAUGAAGGAUUGGUCUCCGCUGCGCUCCAACUAGAUACCGCACUACCUAAGAACAAUGGCUUCUUUAUUACGGCAGCCAUUAGAUACUUGUCUGCGUGGCAUCUUUAAAAUUUUGUAACAAACGCUUCGUGUUAUUUUGCAUUGAAAUUAAUAAAAUACAAAAUAUUUACUGAUGAUAUGUAAUCCGAGUUUCUUUCUUAUUUCUAGUAGUAUUAUUAUUAAAAAGUUAUACUACGCAUUUUAGUUUCAAUUAUUAGCAAAGCAGAACAUGUGGAGCGUCAACGUUACAAAUUGUUCGAGACUGGCUCGAGUACGCCCACUUGGGCGUAGUAUUAGUUGCGGCACUUUGCGACCACGCCUGCGGUGUCUAGUUGGAGCGCAGCGGAGACAAAUUCUUGUUAAUCUAAGAUCUGUAUGUAUAAUGUAGUCUUUUGUUUUUAUUCGUUUUCACAUUGAGUUAAAUCAAAAUAAAGAUGUUGGACUUAUAGAGGAUAUGACUGGUUCAUAAUGUUGCCUGUAAAAUAUUCUAUUUUGUAAAUAUUGUUUAUAUUAGUUAGGUUUCCCACAUUUUAAAUAUUUAUAUAUAUUUCUAAUACUCUCUAGAGUUUAUCUGUGGCUUACUUAGUACCAUGAUUCUUUACUUGAAUUUUGUAUUAAAGUGAAUCUCAAUUCACUAAUUGUUAUUUAAUAAAUAUGUUAUUUAAUAAUUACGAGUGUAAAAUAGUUAUAGUUACUUCAAUUAAAAUCAAAUGUUCGAAGCCGAGAUGUUCCGAACUUAUUUUUAUAAGGAAAUAUAUCAAAUAAAAUACAUACCUGUUAAGGAAAUACUAUUGUUGAUCUAAUGUCUAAAACUCCAUACCUGCUAUGCAUUAAAUAAUCAAAUCGCUAGUGAAAGAUGUUUUUUCUUAGACCAUUUAUACAUCUACAUAGAAUAUGACCAGCUGUGACAACGUCAACAAAAAUUGACUCUAGAACUUACGUCUAUUUUGAGCAAUUCACACACACUAACACAAAGUGUCAUACAAAUCGUAAGUGUAAGACGUAGCUUGUUACGCACAUUAAACUAAUAUUCAUGGCCUGUUUUUAUCGUUGUUGUCUAACAGAAAGAUACUCUAUCUAGAACGUAAAAAUUAUCUAAGUUUUAAUAUUCAAUCACGAAAAAUCAUUAGCCUGAUUUUUUAUGUUAAAAAAAAAGAAAGCCAUGUCCAUAUUAAUAUAUACGUAUGUAUCCAAAGAGGUGGAAACGAUUUACAGUUAGUUAGUUUACAAAACCUACUUCAGAGACUGAAUACAAACUUUUGCAAGUGUGGAUAGGUUUGUCAAGAUGUUUUAUAAUUUUGAUGUAUUAUUUUCUUUUAUCGCUUUUUUUAUAUUCUUACUAAUUUUCAAAACGUACGGUUGUUUGUGACAGUGUACGCUCUAUGGUCAAAUUAGUCUGUGCAAAACUAACUGCCACUACGUAUUAUUGUUAACUGUAAGCAAUAAAUAUUAAAGGUUUUUUUUUAAAAAUA